AUGAAGGAAAUAAACAGAGGAAUUGCUGACGACGAGGGAUUCGUGAAUCGGGAAGAGAAGCAUUUCACCAUUUUCAAAACCUCGUUGCUCUAUGCCAAUGACGGAUUCACCGUGUACGAUUGCAGCAACGACGAGUUGGUCUUCCGGGUCGACUUGUGCGAGCCCGACGCCCGGGACAGAGACGAGCUCGUCCUCAUGGGUCCCCACGGCCGCUGUGUGAGAGACACGAUGUGA